UUAUCCCGAUCGCUGGCCCUGUGGUCGCUCGGCACUGUUGAGUUGUGAGUUCCACGUCGACUGUCGUACGUCGCGUUCUUUCUUAUGUAGUUUUGACGGUCGGAGGCCUGUUGGAUCGUCCGGAAGGGGAAAGCUUUUGUUUUUCACCAGCUCGUCAGAGAUGGAACUCAGGCCGAAAUGGAUCCUCGCGUUCCUAAUUUCCGUCGUCUGCUCGAACAACGCGACGAUGCCGCAUCGAAAGUUCGAGUACAAGUAUUCGUUCAAACCGCCUUACCUGGCCCAAAGGGACGGUUCCGUCCCGUUCUGGGAGUACGGAGGAAAUGCCAUCGCAAGCUCGGAUAAUGUCAGAGUCGCACCUUCUCUCAAAAGUCAGAAGGGUGCAAUUUGGAGUAAAUCGAAGACCACGUUUGAUUGGUGGGAAGUUGAAAUUGUUUUUAGAGUCGCCGGAAGAGGAAGACUUGGUGCUGAUGGUCUCGCUUUCUGGUACGUGGACAGUAAAGGCUCAUAUGACGGCAACGUCUUCGGAAGCUCGGACAAAUGGGUCGGUCUAGGUGUUUUCUUUGACUCUUUUGACAAUGAUAAUAAACACAACAACCCUUACAUCAUGGCCAUGGUCAACGACGGAACGAAGGAGUUCGACCAUAGCAAUGACGGAGUUAACCAGAUGUUGUCAGGUUGUGUGAAGGAUUUUAGAAACAAACCUUAUCCAACUAAAGCCAGGAUCGAGUAUUAUAAGAACACCCUAACGGUGCUUUUCCAUAAUGGAAUGUCAAAUAAUGAUGACUACGACAUUUGUCUGAGAGCUGAAAACCUCGUCCUUCCCAAGACUGGGUAUUUCGGCGUUUCGGCCGCCACGGGUGGAUUGGCUGAUGACCAUGACGUUUUACACUUUCUCACCACAAGUCUGUACCCGCCAGGCCAAAUGCCUCAGGUACCGGUAGCCUCCAAGGUAUCCCCCGAGGAGGAGAACAAAUUGACCCAGGAGUACGCCGAGUACCAACGGAAACUUGAACACCAAAAGGAGGAGUAUAAAAAAGAACACCCUGGAGCCCAAGUUAAAGACACAGAAGGUGAAUUUGAAGAUUGGUUUGAAAGUGAUUCUCAAAGAGAGCUUCGACAAAUAUUUGACGGACAGAGUCAAAUACUAGACCAAGUCAGGACAUUGAGUCAAAAAUUAGAUGAGGUUGUAGGAAGGCAGGAGCGAGCUUUAGGCUUGCUUGGGGCCUUGCAUCAAGGAGGUGUCCAUCAGCAGAUUCAACAAGGUGUGCCUCCACAAGCAGGCCAGCCGAUGAUGGUAGACACAAUAAGACGACAUGAAGUUGAUGCUGUUCUAACGAACCAGAAUACGAUGAUAAAAGCUGCUCAUGAUUUAAGGAGUUUUGUCCAAGAGAUGAGUCAAACAAUGAACAGGAUCCUUGAGAAGCAAGAGAGGGCUCCUACGGCCCAAGUGACAGGCUAUGACACGAUUAACACUUUCAAUGAAGUUAAAGACACGGUGCAGGGCUUGAAGAGGGAUGUUGAAGGUGUCGCCCAGAGGCUCAUCUCAGGACCACCGCACAUGCAGUCCUCCUGCCCGACCUGCGUCACCCCUCUUUUAUUACUUUUGGCGUUCGGUGUUCAUUUAGUUAUCUUCUUUGUCUACUUCAUGUACAGGGAUAGCAAAGAAGCAUCUGCCAAGAAAUUUUACUAACAAGCGGGACCUUGGAUUAGAUACAUGAAUGGGAAGUGUACGACAUGCUUUGGAGUUUUAGGCUGCGUUACUACGUUUAGCUCUUGCUGUGAACGUUUCAGUGUUUUAACUGAUUCGCCCCUGCAUACGGACAAUACAUUUAAAAUAAAAUUUACAAAAGAAACAAACAAUAAAACAAGAAGUGUGGUGAGUGUACAUAGAAAUUUGAAUUCCAGAUAAUUUAAUUAUUACGAUUAAAGAAAAUAAUAAUAAUAAAAAGAAAAAGAAACGAGCUUUUGAUUUAUUCAAAAUGCUCUUAUUACCCUUUUCCUGUUUUUCGUGUGAAACUUGAAAUGAAAUUUAUUUUGUUACUUCUUCCAAUAUUAAUGUUGAAAUGUUUAUAAUUUAUCUUGUUGUUGAAUUCUAUUUUAAUUUACGUGGUGAUUAUAUUAUUUAAAAAAAGUACUGGUGUAUGAUGAAAUUGAAGGUAGCAUUAGGGAUAUCAGAACUAUAAUUUUUUUUCCUUUUUUUAUGUGGCAACAUGUCUUUUUAUGUCUUAUGCAGAAUAUAGUAAUUGGCAUAUUUAUCAUUUAAUUUUUUUAACUUAACGAAUCAAAUUUUUCUCUGUGAAUUAGGUUAAGAUUGCAUAUAAAAAUGAUGUACAGUUUACUUCAACGACUUUGCGACUACAUACAUAGAUUUACCUUAUUAUCAACCUGUUGCACAUGAAUUUGUGAAAGGUUUUUGUUGUCAAACCACAUUGUAGCCCAAUAUUUUAAAUUAAUUUUAAAUGUGUAAUGUAUAUUUCUUUAUCAUUUGUGCUAAAGUACUUACGCAAACUUCCAGUUUUUAUUUGAUAAUUUUGAUUGCUUAGUAAUAUAAUUUUCCAGUUUAUAGUAUUUCCUCUCUGUAGAAAAAGGACGGUUAUAAGACUGAUUCUUGUAUGACACGAAAUUUCAUUUCCCAUCAAUCUUUUGACUUCAAAUACCUUUUGACUUUCUGAAAACUGUUUCUGUCAAUUUCCUAAGAGGUUUGGAAUAAUAAACUGUAAAUUACAUGUUUAAUGAUAUAUGUGCUUCAAGAGGAGCAUCACUGUUGUACAAAUAGUUGAUUUUCUUUUUUUUACAUAAAAAUUGGGAUUUUUAAACAAAUAAAUGUCAAUAGACAUUGA